AUGUCUCUACCGCCGUCUAAAUUACCGCGCCUUUCAUCAGCACAACGCGCCGUCGACCCAAAACAGCGACUUCCCUCGAAGCAAAAGCGAGAUUCGAUCUGCGGUCUCGGAACAUUCACAAAGCCCUUCACAAUUCGACCGUGCCCCGAGUCGCCCUACAAUCAGCCGCAUACCUUCGUACCUAUCCGCGUUAUCGCUCGGUCACAACUUCCUCUCUCGCUCCUCGAUACUACGACCGACAAUUCGCUUGCAAGCAAUCAGCUCUUCUCUGCCUCGAUUGAUGUUCUUGAGCGUUUUCACCGCGAAAAGAGCGAUGAGAGCCAAUCGCAGACUACACAGGCACCGAGGGUUCUUAUAGCACGCCAUGGAACGAAGAAAACCCUAUACGCCAUGGAGCGUGUUCAAGAGCGCGUGUACAGCCUCUGCAAGCUGGCCAUCUGGUUGAAAGAGAAGGACGUCACGGAUCUGUGGGAUCCAGAGAAUCUACACGUCUAUCCAACGCUGCCAAAGGUGGAACCACGCGGCGAAUUAACAGAUGUAUGGUGGAAGCAUGCAGUGGUGGACACACCGCCGGCAGAGAAGCCUGCAAAACGCGCCAGACUUUCCAUGCUACGCCUCAAACCUUCGACCGAACCUAUUGAGUCACACACACUCUCCGUUCCCAGUGAAGCGCCAGCGAUCGAGCAGACGCAAAACCAGGCAGGCCCUACGGAGUUACACACGGACGCCGUAGAGACGUCCGCGCUACCUACGCCGCAGGAACAAUUGCAUAAUUUCGUGGACCAAUAUCUGGACGCUUUAUAUGUCUCCAAGACAUCUCUCGCAUAUUUUGCCAAAGGCCCGAUCGCUCGUAUUCGAAAUGCUUUUACUUCUACCGAAGAAGGCGCGCCAGCUACACAUGAAAUGGUCACGUUCAUGCGCUCUAUGCUUCUCAGCCACAAAGCAGAGGAGAAGAAGUACAGAGAAAAACUGUCGGAAGUCAUCAAGGACUUCCCGCCGAGAAGCUUUUCGGACGAUGACCUAGGCGACGCACCGAAGAAGCCGAAGAAAUCCAAGAAGAAGGUCAAACCUAAUCGAGACGGUAUGUAUCCGCAAGAGACGGAAGUUGUGAAGAAGUGGUGGUUUGGAGGAAUAUCGACCGCUGAAAUGGCCCGCGACGAGACUGUUGACCAGCGCAUCAAGAGACGUUUGGGCGACCUAAGGGUUCGUGAGGCACUACUUCAAAUGAUUCUGAUCCUUGAGAUCACUGCACUGGAAUCUCUUGCGGCUUACAAAGCACCAAUGGAAGGACAGGAUGGCCCAGCCGAGGAAUCCCAGGCGACAUCUCAGGCGGUAGGAGAGUCGCAGUCCAAGCCGAAGCGCAAGAAGAAACUCGACAAUGUGACCCUGCUCCUUGAUCUGUUACUUGAUAAACUGUGCAUCUGGCAAUCCAUUGAGGAAGAAGGCGUACUCGAUUUCGAUGCAAAGAAACAAGAUGAAGAUAUCAAUGGGUCUACUGGCAAAGAUCGCUUGCAAAGCUUUUGUGUUGAAGUCAUCAUACCUUUCUACAUGAACAGGUUACCAGAUCAAGCAAGGAUGGUCAACAAAAAGCUAGGCGGCCCAGCACCUUUAUCACCACCAAAGCGCAAAGCCAUGAGGCCCUCGAAUGUGUCACGAAAAUCUGGUGAACCGAAGGAGUCAGAGUCCAAAAAGCCGCGACGGUCAUUAGGCCGCGUCGCUACCGAUACUACAGGGAGAAUAGGCUCUGUGCGAGCCCCUUCACUGAACAGGUCCGUGACUGAUUCUACCAUUCUUAAUGGCAUCAAACGAGAGGGGAGUGAAGUUCCUCUUUCGGCCAUCCCUUUUCAGCGUAGCCCGUCGAACGCCGCUAGACAAUCAGCAUCUCAUCUCAAGCUCCUUAAAGGGCGGGAAAUGGAUUUGAAAACCACAUCAAAGGCAGCCGCUGCGAGGGCGAUGCAGCGAAAGCGAGUAGAGGAAGAUCUCCGGGACGCUAUCUCGACUUUGAAGAAACCAAACCGCGGCCUUGCCGCAGGGAGCUACGCAGAUGACAUUGAAAAACGCGGUCUUGGUUCUCUCGGCUCAGCCAGUUCAGCCAACAGAUCGAGGAAGCCAGCCAAUCCUGUUAGGAAAAUCAUGAAGGACGUUCAAGUGACGGCAACGCCGAAUGCACGCAGAAGAAUGAAGGACAUGUUGCAGCAGGACCCGAUACAUCACGAUAAUCCAUUUGUUCGCCCUCGACCAUUCGACGGGUACCCUUCGAGCGACUUCUGCAUACCGUCUUCAGCCGCACGUCCGCCACCGUCAUCGGUAGUGCCUGCAACUGUUCAGCGUAGCGCAACAGCCCGGAAAACGGUGCCACAGGGCGUCGCUGAAACGCCAUCGAAACCACAAGGAGCUAGGAAGUUCUCUAUCCCGGCCCCGAAUGGCAGGAAGAUCCUCACAACACCAUCUAAGGCCAGGACUGUGCAUAUGGCGUUUGACUCCCCACCUCAAGCUGUGCAAGCAACUCCAACCAAAGCUACUGCCUCCUCCCCUCUCAAUGAUAUCAAGAACUACCUUGCGCCGACCCCUCGAACUCUGUUCGCUACACCGUUGAAAAAAGCUGCGCCUGCGCAGAUUGCUGAGUCGCCUCUGCCGGCUCUUUCACACCCAGCGGAGCUCCCUGGUAAUAUGAACAGCGACUCUGCGCCGACCUCUCGAACUCUCUUCGCCACGCCCAUGAAGAACACAACACCUGCACAGGUUGCAGAGUCGCCUUUCUCGGCUCUCCCACAUCCGCCAAAAGCCGUUGAGGAACCGUCGAUUUAUGACGCUCUCGGCUGGAACGACGAUGACGAUUUCAUGUAA